AUGGAGGACCGAAUCUUCAAUCCCCAGAUUCUGGGUUGGGAGGACUUGUCUAGUCAUUGGUGGUCAUGGGUACUUUUUGGUCUCGUUGUAGGGUCUGCAGCAACUGGCAUCACCUAUAUCAUCUACUCGGUUGCCUGGCGCACUGCGAGAUACCUCAAGGCUCGGCGUUCGCGCCCGUCGGAGGUUUCUUCCCAAACUCUAAAGCGUCUGGAGAACGUCGCCGAAAAGCUCACAGGACGCUCGGCCGUACGAGCUCCCAAGGUCUCUUCAUUCACAGUCUUCCUUGGCCAUACUGGCUCCAAGACCACCGCCAGCCAACUCAGCAUCCUCGCCAAGUCUGAGCUUGCCAUCCUCGACCCUUUCCGAGGCGCGGAUAGCCUUAUCCGGGGCAUAGCAGGCCAACAUUGCUGGCUGGCUAGACUGGAUGUUACCACCCUAACCAAGACAAAUGCAGGUCCCGAUGCCGUACUCGAAAGCAUUGUCGACGUCGUCGCCAGGGUCCUCGACCACUCUGCCUUCAAUGGUGUCCUACUGGCCGGAUGGGAGGAGACGUUACCCAGCAAGCAUCUGGCUGCCGUCGUGGAUCUCAUCAAUACCGCAGGCUUCCUCGUGUACCUCGAGUCAUACCCUCCCAAGUAUCUCCCCGAUGUCGCCAUUCUACAGGAUCCCAAGAUUUCGGGAAUCGUUCUCCGCAACGCCGCGAUCCUGCCCAACGGCCAGCAUCGCGACUAUUUCGACAUGCAUCAUUUGCAGCCGACUAUCAGGGCCAUCGUCAAGGAAUCGUGUAUGCGUGAUUUCAGUGCGCUCGCGUGGGAGUCCUACAACGAUGGCGUGGAAGUUUCAAAUGCGGUAAUCAAGCGUGCCAUUCAGUGGUGUGGGUUUUAUUCCAUUGUCACCUGGAUUGGCUCGGUCGCGUCUGAGGUCGAUCCAGAAAUCGAUCGGCCUGCAGUCGAGCCCAUGGGUGCGUUCGAAUGGCUCAAGGACGAGCGUGUCAUGGACGCGCAUACUGCUUGGAGGUCGAAUUCUACCCUUGCCCGAACGCAAAUCACGACAACGAGCGAAGCGUGGAAACAAAUCGCUCGUGCCGUGCCCGAGGCUGCCUCUCUGCAGGCCACAGUCUACCCAUCCACAUCCGCAAUCUCACGGCGAGAGUCUGGGAGAUUUGAAGAUGCGCCGCACACCCCGGUCGGUGGAUCUCGGGCAGGAAGUUACCAAAGCACACGGUCUGUGUCAGAGAUUUCGAUGGCCGGCGAUACUCUUGGUUGCGUUCCACUGGGCGUUGAACCUACACCUCUAUCGUAUGCUGAGGUCCUUCAAGAACAGCUACGUCUACGGAACCUUGGACUGCUGCAUCCCGUUGACCAGCAAAAGAUUACCAACUUGGGCGUCCUGUAUCGCAAAUUCCACGAUCGAUAUCUGCUGCAGUCAAAAGGCGUCCAAGCUGGUGUUGUCGACGCCGUCAAGGAGCUGUCUACGGUCGCGACUGCCGGACUUCUGAGACUCCAUCUAGGUCUGAGUCCUGGGUUUCAGUAUGGUACCAAUAUCCGCUUCUGGGCAAUCACUCAUGACGACUCGGAGGGCACGGAGAUAUUCGUAUCUCGUGACGCUCAAGGACUUUCCUGCACAGUGCUGCAUGCGUUCUUGUCCAAUGAAGGUCUCUCGCGAGAAACCUGCUUUGCCAUCGAGACCAAGUUCGCGGAGUGGAAUGAAGACUCCCACAAAGAAAGUGGUCUCUCUCGGCGAAUGGUUCAGGACAUCGACAGCCUCACGCCAGAGGAGCGAAUCUUGCUGAUCCAGCAACUGAACGCUCUAGACCGCGACCAUGACGCCAUGGCACUGGUGACGCGGUGGGCGAGGAAACAGUUGCUCGAGGCUCCCACUCAAGUUCAGCUCAAUGAGAUUGACUCCGUAAGCUAUAUGCAGGGCAAGGUCAGCGAGACGCACCUGCUUAUUGCCCGAUAUUCAGAGUAUGACCAAAAAGGCGUCCCGUACCCGGAGCUUUCUGUCGCUGUUUCUUUUGUUGUCAAGCUCCAAGAGUGGCUACUGCUGGCACUCCGCCAGCGACGCGACGCUGAUCUGAAGAACUUCACUUUGGCGCUUCAGGCGAUCCUGAAGUCGGAUGCCAUAGACUCGAGAGCUGAUAUUCUUGGACUCGCGACCUUUUGUGCUGCGAGGAAAGCCGCGUUCGAAGAGGUGUAUCUUGAAGUGACAGACCGCAACCCACUUCUGAACGACCAAUCCGACCAAGCCGCCGUCUUCGCUGAAUCAUUUGCCCUUGGCUCCCGGUGCGAGGCAUACUUCGACGUGUCUCCUAACACAUUCGGCAAGCUCAUCUCGGACCGGUUCAGGGCAGUCUACAAGGAGAAGCAGCCUCCAUUAUGGAACAAUGGGGCCCCCGAAUUUGCCACUGCCUAUGGAGGUGCCGGCAUCGAUGUUGAUCCGAACAACCAGCCAAAGCCCCUGCCUCAAUUCCAGCGCUUCGGGUUUCUCAGUGUCUUCGCUGUCCCAGCCUUGGUCGACAUUGCACUUCUCAGCACUAUCGGCAGGGGGCUCUACCUUUCCGCGUUCAUGACGCGUGAUCAGCUACAGAGUGCGACCAUUGCUCUAAUGAUCUCACUUUUGCUCUCGGGAGCGACUGGAACUUGGAUCGCGGUCGGUGGAUCGUACUACCUCGUCAGCAUGGCAUUCUCCGCUAUGAACGUGUUCGUGCUCACACGCCUCAUUGCCGGACUUGCAUUUACCAUCGCCGGGGCUCUCAUCGGCUUUGUCAUCAUUGCUGGCGUCGAGGGUCCUGGAUCGGGGAUCGUCUUCUUCUUGUAUCUGAUCGCCUUUACUACUUACUUGGUCCUCUUCGCUGCAAUCGCCAGCUUCCAAAUGCCUGGCUCGGCGUUCCUAUCUGGCAGAACAUACAUCCUUAUAUGUCUGCCGAUCCUACUCAUCUCGCCCCUCGUCACGAUUUGGAGUCGACACGAUGUCUACAUCUACAUCUCGGUCUUCUAUGUGCUCAUUGGCUCACUGGUCCUUGCGCUCAGGCGCGUUGGUGCGCGAUGGGUCACGUGGUAUCAGCAGAUCAAGCAGACCAACGACACAGAAGUCCGCAAAUGGUAUACCGAGAACAAAGCUGGAGGUGAUUCAGCGUAUCUUGACUCCAUGUCUGAUCCCGCAGCACUGAAGGUAUGCCGGGAAGCCCUACUCCAAGACGUCGAAGAUGAGCUCCGGAAGAACUUCCUACAUAAACCCACCAAGGACGAAUUCGUUCUGGGCUUAUCCAAAGACUGGGAGCGUACGAAUUUCCUUCUCAACUGGUACAACCGCUACGCCGACGUGCCCAAGCCCAUUCCCUUUAGCUCUGGGUGGAACAUCCAGGUGAAGGUAGCUUUGAACACUCUCGUGGAGCUGCAAAAGGGAAUGAGGCUGCAUAAUGCUUUCAUGCAUUGGCGGCAAGCCGGCGAUGAAGUUGGCUGUGGUAUUCUGUACUUCGUUGUCGCGCUCAUGGACAAAUGGGUUGAGCUCUUGACUGGUGUACGCCUCGUCGGUCUUUCUGCCUCCCUCAACAACAGCUUCAGAAUCGCCAUCGGCUUCUCACUUGCCUACUACCUGAUCGGCGCUGUUCUCAUUGACGUCAAGGCGCAAGAGCUGCACGGGGCUGUUGACAUUUCCGAGCCAGAUGGUGUCCGCAAUACUGCAGAGCUUCGUGAACAGCAGAAGAAGCACAUUCGCCUUCGACGCACAAUGUAUGCGCGCACACUAUUCCGCUUCCUAGCGUGGCACUGCUGGGCUCUUGCUUUUACGGCGGGCAUCACGUACAUGCUACAAGGAACUCGCGAUGCCACGAUCAUGUUCCUCGCCUACGUCGGCGCUUAUACUGGCUUGCUCUGGUAUCAGUACACAAAGAUUUUCGCAGGAAGAUUCGCCCUGCGACCUCUCCUUGUUGCUGUGAGUGUUGGCUUACCCCUUGGACUGGUUCUCAAAGGUGUGUUGCCCGACUUCAAGUUCGGAGGUGUUAUUGCGCUGGGAGUCACGACUUGGACAGCAGCCGUCCUCUGCCUUUGGUCGGCACAGAUCGGAAUGCCUGAGAAGCCGGCGGCCAAAAUCGACGAAGAGUCUACCUACUUCGCUUACGUGAAGCCCUGGGACGAUCCGCACUGGUCACAAUCCGAGCUCCUUUCCAUGUACGAGAAAUUGAGACGCAUGCCUACUGGGGAGCUGUAUCAUGUCCGUCCAUUCCAGUACCCAGGUAACGAGGUGACUGCUCUGCUCAGAGGUGCCGUGCCGGUAGCCGACUUCUUAGCGAGCGCUUUCCCAGAUGCCGAGGAUAUAGUCGAUGUCGCCGUUAAGACUUUCGAGAGCGGCCAGAUCGAAAUUGAACUUCUCGCACUCGACAAAAUGGAGGGCGAGGUGCAAGCUAUUUCGGCCCGUCAUAACGAAAAGACUCGUCUCAUCAUUGGAGUUCGAAAGGCCGAUGACGGGUCCUUCAACAUGCGCGGCAACUGCCAGGUCAUCGCCGAGCUGCUGCUUUGGGAAGUUGCGAACCACUACUUCAAGAUUCCGAGCCAACAUGCCUGCCUGAUGUCUCAAGCGGUCAGCUCGAGCCUGCCACUAACGAUCCGAACGAUGCUGGCGGAUGAGCAGGACCGAGGCCGAGUUGUUUCCUGGGCGAGGAAAGAGCUCCUCCGACAGUACUGCCUUGGCAUGGACUGCGACUUGAAGUGGGACAAGCUCUCUCAACCCGUCAGAGAAUGGUUCCUUACUCGGGCUGUGGGAGGGUCUUACGAAUUGGCCAUCUCUGAUGAGCGCAGACUUCGUUAUAUCCUCGGCUGUACCGGCCAAGAUACUUAUCCAAUCCACAUUGCUCGGUGUGAUCUGGCGGUCGAAUCUGCUGCAACACUUCUGGAGCUGAACAGCGAAUCUCACCCUACCAUCUUUCCUGGUCAGGAAGCAGGCAACACUCCACUGCCCGAGUUUACUAUCGGAACAUUCUGGACGACAUUCAAGAAACCCUUCAGCUAUGUCUACCACCACAUCGGAUUGGCUAUCAAGUACAUGACUCUCGCGCUCGUGGCUGAUGCCGAAUGGCAUCGCGAAUUCGAUCAUGCCAUGCGCAACAAGAACAAGGUCUUCAAGAUUGUACUUGGGUUCGUUCUCACAGCUGUCUGGCGUUACGCGAAGGUUGCGCAGGAUGUCGGCUUGACCUUCUUUCUCUACCACAACCGGCCGGAGGUCAAGAAGCUGAUGAGAGAGUCUAAGGGCAUGACGAUAACUCAUAAGCGGUCUCGGAUUGUCAUCCAGAGUUCUAAGGGCAUCUUCACUGGCUUCCGUCAUCCAGCUGAGCCUGGGUUCGAUCUCAAGAUCUACAAAGGCGACUUGAAGUCAGAGCCCAGCAACAACAACAGCAGAAACAGCAUUGUUGCCAUCAACAAGUAUUCGUCCACGCGACAAUUGUUGUCACGAGAAGAGUUUGAUGGCGCCAACAGCAUUAACCUCUUCGAGUAUGAGUACGAGCAACCUACGAAGGUCAAGUUCCGUAACCACAUUAAGCGGACUGUUCCGGAGGCCAGACGCUGUGUCCGCGGCAAACGUGAGCUUGAGAACUUGGUCUACAACGAUAAAGGUCUUGUUGAAUCCGGGUCUUACAUGACCGGCGAAAACUUGACUCACUUUACGCUCCGCUACCGGAAGAAUGCCACUGCUCUCGAUGAGCUGCUGUCUGGCGAAUUCGUUCUCGCUCACCUCAGCGCCAACGUCUCUUGGUGUGCACCGCCCCUUCGCCGAUCUGCCAAGAAGAACCGAUGGAUCCCCCAUACCAAGGUCACAAAGGCAACAUUUGUGCAAGGGCCUGACGUGUUCGAGAGCACAUGGAAGUACGACCACCAGAUGCAUCCAACAAUCACCACUACGCUGAACGGACAAAAAGUACCCACACCGCCGCUGAUUGAGCAUGACUGGCUGAACAUCCUGAAGAAGCCCGACCACACACGCUUUGCUGAUGAAGACCCUCUCCUGAACUCAAGCCGAUGGACUACCAAUGCUCUUGCCCGCGUGUUCGGGUUUGCAACGCAACGUGUCCCUAUCUCCACCUCUAUGGCCCGUAGUAGGUUAUGGAAGGCAUGGAAGAACAGCAGAGACAUCGACGGUGUUAUCGCCAGAUGGGUGGACGAAAAGUUGGUGCGCAAAGAUAAGGUCCUCAAGAAGUACUGGCGUCUGCGCGAUGCUGGUAACCUUCCUGCAGCCAAAGCUUACAUUAUGGACAUGACUGAUACGGUGCGAUCAAGUGUUGACAUGGCCGAUGACAUCGCUGGUUGGACUCCCAUCGCGUACAAAUUGGGCGAUCUGAUCAGCUUCGGUUCCGGAGGCGAUACCAUUAUGCACACUACGGCCAAGGCUGUGGGAAAGGACACGAAUGAGACCCUGCAUGUCCUCGCUGCAGACAACGGUACCUGGCCAAACGAGGGUGGUGGUGUCUCGGCUUGUCGACGAGACAUGAUCAACAACCUUGAGACGAUUAAAUGGCACAUGGUUGCCGAGAGCGCCAACGACUUUGGCAUCCCCAAGCAUCAGACCGAGCAGAAUGUCCUGUCACUCAAAGUCAUCCCUCUAUGGGGUCUUGAUUUCUUGACACCUACUCAUGGGCUCUUCAAGAACCGCCUUGAUUCGGAAGUCGACAUGUUGCAAUCCAGUUCAACGGCAGCAGAAAUCAAGCUCAACUUUGUCCCGAUCAUGGCUGCCCUCGUCAAGGGAUCUCGCGCCGUCGAUCUGUCUGCUGCGGAUUUGCAGCAGGCCACGCGUGCUCUUGUCAAUCUCCACGACUACUUUGGCAACAAGCGACAUUGGUCUGAUGUCUGGAAAAGCGACGUGAGCAAGGAGGCAUGGCGCUCGUUGUGGCUCGAGGACAUACCUAACGCCCGUGCUCCUACUGAGUGGCUCGACACUGAACUGCCUACCUUGGGACACUUUGAUACUGCGCUUGAGCUGUGGCUCCGCUACCUCUUCGUGUUUUCCAUCCAGGUCCCUGACAAGGUGCCCGCUAUCUUCCAAGCGUCUCAUCAUUCAGUUUCGGCUGCCUAUGGCAUCGUCUGUAAGAUCAAGCGCAAGUGCCAAUUGCAGAUUUGGGAUCAUGCCGUGGCCUGGAGAGAGACAAACAUGUGCUUGUCUUCAGCUCUGUGCAAGCUGCCGCCCUUCGUACGCAACUCUCUGCUGGGGUUGAUGAGGCUGACCAGUGUGCUGAUCUUGCACAACGCGGACACCAUUCUGCCUUGCGCAGACUUCUUCAACCCUGGUUGGGAAGUUGAGAUUGGAACAUGCCAGGGCACGAUCGAGCACCGGAACUCGUUCAAGCGCAAGAUCUCGCCCAUCGUCAACGGUAUUACAGACUCGGACAAGUUCAAGCCGGUGAAGGAGAUCAAGACCAAGAAGCCCACGGUCACUAUGCUGUCCCAUCUCUGGUUCGCGAAAGAUCUGAAGACAGCCAUUCUUGCCGCCGAUAUCAUCGUAAACGAAUGGGGCUUCAGCGACUACCAGCUUGAUGUUUAUGGUAGUAUUGAAAAGGCGCCUAUCUAUUCCAACGAGUGUCAGGAACUGCUUGCCUCCAAGGGUCUUCGCAGUCAGGUUAGACUCGCUGGGACUGCUGAUCCGAUGAAGGUGCUCGAGCAGACCUGGCUCUUCCUCAACUCCUCACUCUCGGAAGGUCUCCCCCUUGCGCUAGGUGAAGCCGCACUCACUGGUGCUCCUGUGGUCUGUACAGAUGUCGGUGCUUCUCUCCGCGUUCUCAGCGACCCGGAUGACUUUUCAAGAUACUCGGCAGUUGUGGCUCCCAACGAUGCUCGCGCACUUGCACGCGCUCAGAUCAAGAUGCUGGCCAUGCUGGACGAGUGGUCCAAGUAUGCCGACGACCAACCGGGUCAGGUUGUCGAGAUGCCCUUUGCGCCUACACCCAAGGAUGUGGAAUGGAUCACGGCUCGCAUGUACGCUAAGCAAGAGCAGCGUCGCAAGCUCGGCCUCAUGACGCGCAACAUUGUGCAAAAGUCCUUUGGUGGCGACCGCUACCUCCGCGAGCACGAACAGAUGCUCUGGAUUGGAAAGUCGCGGCGGAUGCAAGAGGUGCGCAACUAUGGCGAGUUGUCUGACGAUCCCGCCGAUAUCUCUUUGGCCCUUCAUCUCAACGCACCUAUCGACGACGACAUUAUUCCUCGCAGCGCUCGCCCUAGCAUCAACUGGUCCCGCCGUGGUAGCCUUAGCGCUUCGCCUAUCCCGGCAAUACAUGACGAGAGCCAACUCAUCUUCAGCAACGGCGGCGGGCGGUCUACGCGCAAUUCGUCUCGACCAGGCAGCAAGUUGUCGCAUGUCUCUACGUCCUCGGACGACGACGGCGACUUCGACCAGCGUUUCUCAGGUCGUGGUGGGAGAGGCGGCGCUAACAACGAUGUCACCGCACUCCCGCGUGUGCCAACAGAGGGCAGCUUGCCGUCGCACCCAACCCUUGCAACGCUCGCGUCUCUGGAAAGCCAGACCGGCGUCACAUUGGGUCGGCACUCGCGCCACGAAUCACCUUGGGAUACAGCGUACAUGAAUCCGGGUGCCGGCAUCUCGGUGCCGUACGAUCGCGCCAAUGCGCGCUACCGCUCCUCAGACGUCAGCAUCGUCAGCCCGCACCAGCAAGGACUAACAAAGCAUGCGAAUCUAUCGCUCGCAAGCCUAUCCGUCGCGCUGGAGAACCCCAAGUCCAUCCUCAACGCCGAGCCGCCCGCGGACAAGAAGCGUGAGAGCCAUUACCGCAACCUCAGUUCGGGGCGAUCAACGCCGGCAGGGGAUCGCAGUCGAAGUCCCGCGAGUCUGCGGCCAGGUCACCCGCGGCGGACGUUUUCUGGGGGAAGCACCGGUAGCAUGCGGGUCAGCGUCAAUGGGUGGAACAGUCCCAAUGGUGCGGGGCCGAGGAGUCCUGUCAGCGCUGCGACGCGGAUGGGAGGACCGCAGAGCCCAACCAGUCUGUCUUCAGCAGGAACACCUGGUGGGCUGAGGCUGCCGCCGGCCGCGAGGAGCAGGAGUCCCGGGGUAAGCGGGCUUCGGAGUAAGAGUCCGUUGGCCAUGGCUGGAGGCGGAGGUGGCACGGCUGCGCCGAGUCCGUUAGGUGGUGGCGGCGCGCAGGGGCAGAAGGGGGUGUUGGAGAAGGAGGGAAAGAGUUACUUUACUUGA